CACCUGUGCAAGACUGAAGGGGAGGAGCCGGUACACUUGUGCAAGACUGAAGGGGAGGAGCCGGUACACCUGUGCAAGACUGAAGGGGAGGAUCCAGUACACCUGUGCAAGACUGAAGGGGAGGAGCCGGUACACCUGUGCAAGAUGAAGGGGAGGAUCCAGUACACCUGUGCAAGACUGAAGGGGAGGAUCCAGUACACCUGUGCAAGACUGAAGGGGAGGAGCCGGUACACCUGUGCAAGACUGAAGGGGAGGAUCCAGUACACCUGUGCAAGACUGAAGGGGUGCCUCGGGACUGUCCAUAAUAUAAAG